AUGCCGAAGCCGACGCUGCUGCUGCGCGGGGGCUGGGAGCGCGAGCGCAGUCCCGGGGACUCGGAGCUGGGCCGCCAGUUCCGGGACUGGUGCCUGCGCACCUACGGCGACUCGGCCAAAACCAAGACGGUGACACGCAGCAAAUACCAGCGGAUCACCGAGGUCUUGCAGGGCGGCGGCGGGACCGGCGCGGGCACUGGCCCGGCGGCCGGAGAGAAAGGCAAGUUCCAGUUCUGGGUGCGCUCCAAGGGCUUCCGCCUGGGCAGCGGCCGGGAACCCAAGAUGGGCCAAGUGGUGUAUGUGCCGGUCAAGACGGGCUCGGGGGCAGAUGGCCUGUCGGAGCCGGAGGGCAUCUCUCUGAAGCGGGUCGCUGUGGUGGAAGAUUUCUUUGACAUCAUCUACUCGAUGCAUGUGGAGAGCUCAGCGGAGCCAGGCAAAGCCCCCAAGCACGCUGGGCAGAAGAAAACCUACCGAGCGAUCGCAGAGACCUACGCCUUCCUUCCACGAGAGGCUGUUACCCGGUUCCUGAUGAGCUGCACAGAGUGUCAGAAGAGGAUGCACUUUAAUUCCAAUGGCCUGGAGCCCAAAGAAAACGAGCCUCCCUCUCCGCUGGUCUCCGGGAUUAUUGAUUACAACAUGCCCCUCACCUCCACGUACCUGAAGCAGAUGAAGUUGCGUGUGAUGAAUUCCCAGGAACAGGAUGAAACUUCUGUGAGCAGUGAAGAUUUUGAUAUGAACGACUCCACAUGGAUGUCAGCUGACCCACACCUGGCCUCCAGCCUGAGUCCCAGCCAGGACGAGAGGAUGCGGAGCCCGCAGAACCUCCACAGCCAAGAGGAUGACGACUCCUCCUCCGAGAGUGGCAGCGGCAAUGGCUCCUCCACCCUGAACCCGUCCACAUCGAGCAGCACGCAGGGUGACCCUGCCUUCCCCGAGAUGAAUGGCAACGGCGCUGUGGCCCCCAUGGACUUCACAGCCACAGCCGAGGAUCAGCCCAUCAACCUGUGUGAUAAGCUCCCACCAGGCACAGCUCUCGGCACGCCCUCCUACCCCUCGGACAGCUGCGGCACAGAUGGACUGCGGAGCCGUGUCAAGUAUGGGGUGAAGACCACCCCUGAGUCCCCCCCCUACAGCUCGGGGAGCUACGAUUCCAUCAAGACCGAGGUCAGUGGCUGCCCUGAGGACCUGACUGUGGGCCGGGCUCCCACAGCAGACGACGACGAUGAUGACCAUGACGACCACGAGGACAAUGACAAGAUGAAUGACUCUGAGGGCAUGGACCCCGAGCGUCUCAAGGCCUUCAACAUGUUUGUGCGUCUCUUUGUGGACGAGAACCUGGACCGCAUGGUGCCCAUCUCCAAGCAGCCCAAGGAGAAGAUCCAGGCCAUCAUCGAGUCCUGUAGCCGGCAGUUCCCCGAGUUCCAGGAGCGGGCCCGCAAGCGCAUUCGCACGUACCUCAAGUCCUGCCGGCGCAUGAAGAAGAACGGCAUGGAGAUGACCCGCCCCACACCGCCCCACCUGACCUCGGCCAUGGCCGAGAACAUCCUGGCGGCUGCCUGUGAGAGCGAGACGAGGAAAGCAGCCAAAAGGAUGCGCCUGGAGAUCUACCAGCCCUCGCAGGACGAGCCCAUAGCCCUGGACAAGCAGCACUCCCGGGACUCCACAGCCAUCACCCACUCCACCUACUCACUGCCAGCCUCCUCCUACUCCCAGGACCCCGUGUAUGUCAAUGGCGGCCUCAACUACAGUUACCGAAGUUAUGGGGCCUUGGGCAGCAACCUGCAGCCCCCUGCCUCCCUGCAAACAGGAAAUCACAGUAACGGGCCCACGGACCUCAGCAUGAAAGGCGGAGCCUCCACCACCUCCACCACGCCCACCCCCACACCCUCCAGCAACAGCACCAGCAGGACCAUGCCCACCGCCCAGCUCAGCCCUACAGAGAUCAGUGCUGUGCGGCAGCUCAUCGCUGGCUACCGAGAGUCUGCUGCCUUCCUGCUGCGCUCGGCAGACGAACUGGAAAACCUCAUUUUGCAGCAGAACUGACCCCAGCGGCACCUGGCGUGCACUACCCUAGGGAAGGAGGUUUUCCAGCCCAGACCCAGCUUCCUGCCUCACCAGUUGGUACAUUUUGUUUUUUGAAAGAGGUGGGAUCCAAGAGAGCUGUUUCUAGCCACACUCCAAGCACCUGAGACUUUGGGCACAAGGACACUUUUUUUUUGGAUUCUCACCACACGGGUGCUCUGACCUGCUUGGAAGAGGCCAAUGGGGCAGCUUUGGAAGGGCUCCCCUGACAGGGCACUGGGGCCGCAGCUCUAUUUAAUAUCAUCUUCGUGGACCCUGAUGUUAGAAUCCCACUCCCAGAUAAUUACCUUUCAAGUCUUAGGUGAGCAGAAUUGCAUAUUUAUUGAGAGAAACAAAGUGGACCCUUUCUUCCUCUCCCCUUAGUAAUUUAUUUUUCUGAAAAUGGAUUCUUUUGUGUUUGUACAGAUUGCCAGUCUGUGUCUGUCUGAUCAGAAGGAUGUCUCCCUGUGACCUAACAUUCCAUAUCACUACACUGGCGCGGGCAGGGACCGGCAGGGCGGGGCUGCGGUGGGGCAGGUGCCAGAUGGGCUGUCCCUCUGAGUGCCCAGCACCACCAAGCAGGAGGACCUCACCCACACCCACUGCAAAGCAAAGACAAACACACGGCUCCCCCCUCCCCAAUUCCACUGAAGCCCCAGCCACGGCCAUCUGUAUUCUACCUCACACUCCAGCGGGGCUUUUUCCAGGAUGUGCCCUGAGCCUGUUCUGAAUGGCUGUCUCCCAGCUCCCCCACAGUGUGUCUGCCUGGGAGGUAAGUCCAGAUGGGUGGCAGGAGCAGCUGGAGCCCACAGAGGGACCCGGCGCAGCCAUCCCAGCUGCAGACAGGACAGAGCGCUGGGGGACGGCAAUGGGUCAGCGGAGCCCUUGCCCUGCCCCCAGGGAGUCAGGUUGAACACUUCUCUGCCAAGACCCAGGGCCCUCAGACACCUGCUGGGAAGAGCCUGUUUCUUCAGGGUGAGCCCCUGGCAGCCACUGAACAGGAAAGGCAGCUGUGAGCUCCUGGGCCGACUUUGGCUCCCGUCCCCUGCCUCUGUGGUUGGAAUAAAGGGACUCUUAGUUGGAGUAGCCACUUGGGUUCUCCUAAGACCAGUCCUUUUUCUGGAGGGACCAGUCCUGGAAGAAACCUAUAAUCCCUGGAGUGUGAAAAGGGGCAAAAAGAAAAGGCUGGCCUGGUUUCCUUCCUCCCAAUAGGCACUUCCUCUUGCUCAGUGCAAUACCUACCAGUGCUGCUAAAACCAGGGAUUCACCCAGACCUCAGAAGGCCCAUGGGCCUCUCCAUGCAACACUCCGUAGCCAUGACAGCAGCCUCUGCUGCCCGCCCCUGCCCAGAGCUGGCAGAAGCCCUCUGUUGCCUUUCCUCCCUCAGAGCAAAGAGGCCCCAGGGGAGCCAGGGCUGAGUGGACCCUAGGAUGGCCACUGAAAGCCACUUGACCCCAGAGUAGGUAUCCCUUCUCAAACCAGCUUCUCUGCAGCCAGCUGCCUCCUGGCGCUGUGGCAGACCGCCCCUGGUAGGGUGGGGAUGGGGCUCCAGCGUGGGUGUCCCAUCCUGCCUGGGUCCAGAAACUCUGAAAGGUAGGGUGCCCCACUCCGUGCUGACUUCCAGCCCCUAGAGGGUGGGAGUGGUCUUUUAUCUCUCUCUCAAGUGGCCUCCAACACCCCAUCCCACCACACCACCUCUGCCUUGCAUCUGACCCACCCCCAGGCCUCCAGUCAGGGCCCGCACACCCGAAACCCCCUUAGCACAGCACAAACUCCAGUGCCCGAGGCCUCCCACACCCCCGCCAUCCACACGUCCAUCCUCCACCUGCUCAGUACACUCCCUGACGUUU